AUUGGAAACGUUUCGAUUAAAAUCAUGGUUCAAGUGGUUGAGGACAUUUUUGGCAUUGCUACAAAUCCGCUUACGAAAAUGGCUCAAGUAAUACGUCGCUAUACCAUGACGAAUUCGAGCCACAUGUCCGUGGGCAUCAUCACAUUGGGCGCCACCAUACAGAAUAUUCGAGUUCCCGAUGCCUUCCAGGAGAUGGCCGAUGUGGUCCUGGGCUUUGAUGAUGUUGCGGGUUAUCUCAAACAUCAGGAUCUGAAAUUUGGUUGCACUUUGGGUCGUGUGGCCGGGCUGGUCAGCAAUGGAGAGUUUAUUUUGGACGAGCAUCGUGUGAUUGUGUCGAAGAAUCUCGAUCAGAGGCAUCACAGCGAUGGGGGGUUUAUUGGUUUCGAUAAAGUCAUCUGGGACUUGCAUUUGAUGCGUCCGGAUGGUAUCACGCUAAGACAUGUCUCGAAAGCGGGUCACGAGGGCUUUCCCGGCCGCCUAGCCGUCAUGAUUCAUUAUACCAUUGACGACGAGAGUCGCCUGUUUAUCCGCAUCGAGGCCAACUCAAAUAAGACAACGCCCGUGGACAUUUGCAAUCACACGUACUUUAAUCUGGCGGGUCACAAGGCCGGCGUUGAGGGACUCUUUGAGCAUCGCUUCUACAUGGAGGGCAAGGAGACAAUCGAAACGAACACCACAAAUAAGGGUGUUCUGCCCACGGGCCGCUGCAGGUCUGUCAAGAACUCAGUCUAUGACAUCCGUCAGGCCGCCUUUAUGGGCGAUCGUUUGCGUCAGUUCAAGGAUAUGCCUGUGCCCGGCUUUCACGUGAACUAUGCCUUGUCCAAGGAUGUCACAUGUCUGGACACCCGAUACCUGGGACGCUUCCUGCACAAUCCGACUGGACGCUACAUGGAUAUCUACAGCAAUCAGCCGGCACUGCACUUCUCCACGGCUAAUCAGUUCCCCAAGCCAACGCAUGGCGAGGAUCCGAUUAUGGGCAAGAAGUGUACAAGAUAUUGGCAGAACAGCGGCUAUGCGCUGCAGUUUAUGGGCUUUCCCGAUGCCUGCAAUCAGACAAUGUUUCCCACCAUCAUCAUACUGCCGGGUGAGAAAUAUUUCAAUGAGACCAUCUAUCAGUUUUGUGUGAAAGAGCCCUGGCAGUGCUGUGCCACGGCAGAGGAGCUCGAGGCCAUGGACAAGGAUUUGAUAAGGAAUUCAUAAAAAGGGCAAAAGAAAGGAGUUGACCAUUCAGUGAAGAAGAAAUCAAGUUAAAGAACAUUCCCUCAACUAUU